AUGGAAUAUGAGUUGCGUAGUGGCAGUAACGUGGCACAUGCGGCACGCAAGAUCAACGACGUUUACGGAGCGAAUACUACAAACAAACGCACCACCUGUUAUUGUUUUGCCUGCUUCCGAUCUGUAAAUUUCACUCUGAAAAUUGAACCCCGUGGUCAUCCGAAAACUUUGAUUGACAAUGACGAAUUAAAAACGAUUGUGGAAGCUGAUGAUGAAUUAGCAGCAGCUUUCGACGUUAGAAUCAAAACAAUAUUGGUCUACUAG